AAUGUCAGAGUGUUACGUGCGUCACACAGACGCGGUGAUCAGCGGCCGCUGCAAACUCCGCUAACUAUAUAAAGCGGGCAACUAUGUAGCAGCGCACUCCACUCCACCGACAACAUGAGCUCCGCCUGGAACCCGCUGCCCUACCGGCACAUGCAGUAUGAGCCCGGCCGGGACCCGGUGCCCGUCCCGCGGCUGUCCGGCUCCUCUGGCCGGCGUAGCGCCCGCGGCCUCGGGCUAGCCCAGCACAUAACCCCAGGCCUGGGCUACUACCCCCAGGACGGUCCGGCGGAAAGGAUGAGCGAGAAGCAGUUGAUGCAGGGACUGAACGACCGCUUCGCCGGUUACAUCGACAAGGUGCGGAAUCUGGAGCAGCAGAACCGGGGGCUGGAGGCGGAGAUGGGGCGGCUUAGGCAGCGGCAGACCUCGCCGUCCCGCCUGGCCGCCGUCUACGGCCCGGAGAUCGGUGAGAUGCGCCGCCUGGUGCGGGAUACGGAGUGGCAGAAGGCGGAGGCGCAGCUGGAGCGGGAGCGGCUUGAGGAGCGGCUGCGGGAGGUGGCGGCUCGGUGCGAGGACCAGGAACAGAUGCGGCAACGGCUGGAGGUGGAAGCCCGUGGCUACAGGAAAGACAGCGAGGAUUCGCGGCGAGUUAAGCUGCAACUGGACAACAGGGCGCUGGCGUUGGCCGACGAGGUGGUCGCGCUACGGGACACCCACCACGACCAGGUGUCCGACUUGCGCGGCCACAUCCAGGCGCCGCCACUCACACACUCGCCCAAACCCGGUCUGGCGGCGGAGCUGCGGGAGAUCCGAGCUCAGAUGGAGGGUUGCACCGGCACCGACCUGGGCCAGGCCGAGGAGUUGUUCCGCUGCAGGGCCGCCGCGCUCGGACAGGCCGCUCAGACCAACAGCGAAGCGCUGCAACGCAGCCGCCAGGAGAUCGGAGAGUUCCGGCGCCAACUUCACUCCAAGACCGUGGAGCUGGAGGCGGCUCGGGGAACCAAACAGUCUCUGGAUCGGCAGCUGAGCGACAUUGAGGACAGGCACGACUCGGAGCUGCUGCAGUACCAGGGCACCAUCCAACAGCUGGAGCACGAACUGAUAAACACAAAAUGUGAGAUGUCCCAACACCUGAGGGAGUACCAGGACCUGCUCAAUGUCAAGACGGCCUUGGACGUGGAGAUUGCUUCGUACAGGAAACUACUGGAAGGCGAGGAGACAUGGUUUGGUUCCAUGUGUGGCAGCAUCGCCCCUUCCUACACGUACAGACAGACUCAAUCCCUGACUCAUUCCAUCUACGCCCCGGCUAGCGCGCAGGGCACUCCCACCAAGACAGCCCCUCGGUACAAGUUUGUUGAAGAAAUUAUCAGUGAAACAACCAAAGAGGUUGACAUGGACGAGCUGGAAGCCUCUGUGCUGAGAGUCAUGUCUGAGGACGGGUCUGGGUAUGGAGUGGACGAGGAAGAGUCAACCAGGCAGGAGGACGAGGCAACCACAGCCGAAGCCUCGGAUGAAGAGGAGGCCGAGAGGAGCAGUGAAACUAAGGAAGACAGCGCAGAGGAAGGCGGCAUCGGGAGUAACGAAUCUGAGGAGAAAGUCACUACAUCUGGAGCAGAGAGUGACGCGGGUAUAACAGAAAGCAAAUGUGGGAAAGAGAGUGGAGUAGAUGACAGCGCUGCCCAGGCGGAGGGAGGGAUAGUGGAGGAGACUGCAGGUAGUGAAGAGGAGGCUAGAGAGGGAGAAAUCAAAGAGGGAAAAGCGUUGGAAAGUGAAGAAAUUGGUAAAUCAAUUGAACCGUCUGAAGAGCAAAGUCUUACCGAGGGGAAAGACGUCGACGAGGAAAAAAUGUCAGAAAGAAAAGCAGAGAGAGAAGAUAUUGCAGGAAUCACGGAAUCUAAUGAGCAGGAAGCAGCAGAAACAAAAGCAGCGGCUGAAGAGGUUAGCACAAGCGAUAAAACCGAGAGUGUUAAACAAGGAGUGAUGGAGGGAAGUCAGCGUAAAGAGGAAAGAAGCGGCAAGCGACAGAGUGAAGAGCGAGUACAUCAACAGCAGGAGGAGUUGAAAGUAAUGAACCAAAAAGCAACUGUUGCGUCUGAAGUUAGAGGGGAAAGUGAAGGUGAUAAGAAAGAGGAUAAAGUGGAGCAAUAUCCACAGAAAGCAAAAGAGGAAUCACGAGGAGACAAGAGAGAAACUGCUCCCCAAGUGUUAGCAAAAGAAAGCGAAAGCCAGAAAGCUAAAGUUGAAACAAGGGAAGAGAUAACAAGGCCUGAGAUGAAUGGGCAAGUGGAGAAACCACACCAUCAGAUAGAAGGCAGCAAGAAACUCUCUGUCUCCAAGGAGGGGAACGAAGGCAGUCAAGAGAAAGGAGUAACAAAGGAAGAACAGAGUGAGAAAGAGAAAGGAGAAAGUGAAGAAAAUGUAGAGAAAAUCUCAGUAGAAAGAGUGGAAGAAAAAAAGGUAGCUGAAACUCCCAGAAGCAAGGACCAACAAUCUGGGGACAAGAGUCCACUAUCGGGGGCCAAGAGUCCACUAUCGGGGGCCAAGAGUCCACUAUCCGGGGACAAGAGUCCACUAUCGGGGGCCAAGAGUCCACUAUCUGGGGACAAGAGUCCACUAUCUGGGGGCAAGAGUCCACUAUCUGGGGACAAGAUUCCACUAUCGGGGGACAAGAGUCCACUAUCGGGGGACAAGAGUCCACUAUCUGGGGACAAGACUCAACAGAUUGGGGACAAGAGUCCACUAUCGGGGGCCAAGAGUCCACUAUCGGGGGACAAGAGUCCACUAUCGGGGGACAAGGGUCCACUAUCGGGGGACAAGAGUCCACUAUCGGGGGACAAGAGUCCACUAUCGGGGGACAAGAGUCCACUAUCUGGGGACAAGACUCAACAGAUUGGGGACAAGAGUCCACUAUCGGGGGCCAAGAGUCCACUAUCGGGGGACAAGAGUCCACUAUCGGGGGACAAGAGUCCACUAUCGGGGGACAAGAGUCUACUAUCGGGGGACAAGGGUCCACUAUCGGGGGACAAGAGUCCACUAUCGGGGGACAAGAGUCCAUUAUUGGGGGACAAGAGUCCACUAUCUGGGGACAAGACUCAACAGAUUGGGGACAAGAGUCCACUAUCGGGGGGCAAGAGUCCACUAUCGGGGGCCAAGAGUCCACUAUCGGGGGACAAGAGUCCACUAUCGGGGGACAAGAGUCCACUAUCGGGGGACAAGAGUCCACUAUCGGGGGACAAGGGUCCACUAUCUGGGGACAAGACUCAACAGAUUGGGGACAAGAGUCCACUAUCGGGGGACAAGAGUCCACUAUCGGGGGACAAGAGUCCACUAUCGGCGGAGAAGGUCCCACCGUUUGGGGACAAACAAACACAGUCUGGGGAGAGGAGCCUGCAGUUUGGGGAGAGGGUCCCAGGGUCAGGAGACAGAAGCCCACAGCCUGGAGACAAAGGGCUACAGUCGGGAGAUAAGGUUGCACAGUCAGGAGACAAGAGCCCACCGUCUGGGGACAAGAACUCAGUGGCCAUCAUAAAUGGGUUGGACAUCAACAUGGAUAAUGAAGAAAGUGAAGCUGAAAUUGAUAAGAAGAUGCCAAAUACCCCAGAGGUCGUUCAGAAGAUCACAGAGAAGACAACUGAGCACACGAAGAUAUCUAAAGUCUCCAUCACCCGCACAGUGAAUGAGGAUAUGACGACGGUGGUAACAGUGGCCACAGCAGAUCCAAAGAGUGCCGCCAAAGAAAGUAAAUGAAGACCGAGGCAGCAUUAGUUCUUCGAUGAUAGAAAUGCAUGUUUCACAGCAGAGCGGGCACUGCAGAAUUUCCAGAUCAUGAUCGUACAACGGGAAGUGUGAGAAUUUCUCAGGGGAAUAAUUUUAGUUUUAAUUUAAUGCAUGAAUAAUUGCACAGCUAAACAUUUGCCAUGGGGUGCUUGGACUUUGACGAGUAGAUUUAACGAUACUAAACACAGCAUAAUAUUUGUUUUGUUGCUAUUAAUCUAUUGCAGUACAUGCACAUUGUGUAUUUGGAUUUUGACACUUUUGAUGAACUGCUCCACCAACUGUUGCCACAAAUACAAUCAACCAACAAAGAACUAUCAACUUGCCAACCACAAAUAAAUAAAUGCACUUUGUCCGAGAAACCA